AUGAUAUUUUAUUUAAAUAAAAAUUUAUUUUUAAUAUAUUUAAUAAAAUAUAUGUAUGGAUUAAAAUUAUAUAAAGUUAAUUUAUUAUUAAUGCUUAAUAAUAUAAAUUUAUUUAAUAUUAAAAGGGAUAUUAUUAAAAUUAAAUUAAGUUUAUAUAGAUUAAAUAUAUAUAUAUGCAAAAUAUUUAAAAUUAAGAUGAAUAAUAUAAUUUUUAAUAAAAUUAAAAAAUUUAAUAUUAAUGUUAAAUGA